GACGCCGCCUACGGGUUUUUCAUCCUGGGGGGCCUGUGCGUGUCCUACGGGGCGGGCUCGUACCUGCUGAACCUGGUGCUGCUGCGGCGCCCCAUGAUGCUGCCGGCCCCCACGGCCGCCGCCAACGCCGCCGCCGCCGCGCUGCUCGCCCUGCUCUGGCUCUGCGCCCUCUCCCUCUACGUCGGGCGCCUCGAGGUCGAGAUCGUCCCCGAGGAGCCCCCCCCCGAGCACCGACGGCCCCCCGAGAAGUAACGGGGGAACCCCGCGGAAGGAGAGCGCUGCCAAAAACGAUGCAAAAGAUCGCCGGGAAUGGUGAAACGUCGCAUAAAGCCCGAAAUAUCGCAUAAGCCCCGAAAUGUCACGUGAAGCCCGAAAUGUCACAGAAGCCCUGAAAUAUCUCCCCCCCAAACCCGCAUGGAUUAAACGCCCCCCCCCCCCCGGGUUGGGAUUGCUUGCCUCACCCCGCUCCCACGCCGCGCUGGGGCCUGGUUUGGGGCCAAAACGCCCCGUUUUGGUUGCUUUGGAUUUAUUUCCUCGGCUGGGGGGGGAGAUGUUGUGCCCCCGCAGCCCCUCGUCCCCGCUGCAAGAAGUGUGGGGUUUAAGUGGAAUCCACCCAAAGCAGCUCCCGCUCCCCAAAAAACCUGCGUCUGCGUGGCUCCGCUGUUGGGUUUUGUGUUAAAAAAAAAGGAAAAAAAAUGAAGAAAAAAAAAAAAAGGUGGGGGGGGGAAGCCCCCGGUGUCGCGGCGCGCCGAGGUUUACUCGCACGCGGGUCGGGCGCCGUACUGGAAACGGGCGUUUUUGGACUCAAUUCUUUGCAGCCCUGACCCUGCUGGGCUGGGCUGGGCAAUAAAAUUGGUGAAAAAGC